AUGGCGGGCUAUGAUCCUGGAUAUGCAAUUUGUGGCAGACUUUAUGUUUUGCUCCUUGGGCUAGGUGCAAUUGGGGCCUCAGUCCUGCUCCUGUUCUCGUGCCAACUUUUCUCCUACGAAACUACAGAUGGCGAGUUGAGUGGAGGACUUGAACCCCCUUUUGAUCAGCUAUCGUCUGCCUCCGUUGGACUGUUUUCUUUCUCCGAAUUAACCACAACUGACGAAGAUGCGAUCUUUGGCGACCAAUGCGUCAAAUACGAUGACUGGCAAAUUGCAGGACAAAAUGUAUACUUCUCAGUGGCCCAAAUAUCCGCCAUAGCUGCUCCUGUGCUGGGGUUUCUGGCUUGGGUCCAGGUUUUCUUUGACAUGAUCUGCUGUAGACUCUGCGGGAGUUUUGUUUUGAUCAGUUUGUUAUUUUUCACUGCAUCGGCUCUUCAGGGCUGCACAUUUUUGGCUUUUGCGGAUUCUGAGUUUUGCUUGGAGGUCGAUUCGUUGAACAGUUGCACUCUUCAAACUGGGGCGUGGUACUCCCUUGGAGCAGCAGUAGCAUAUCUUAUUCUUUCGGUGCUUGCGCCAAUUGUUCCUAUUUCACCAUUUGAGGAACGCAAGGGAUGCUGCAUUGUGCGAGGAACACCAAAGGAGGUUGAGCAACCGACUUCAAGCAAGAACAGGACUGCUAAGAAUGAUACAACGGCUCAGAUUAGCAAAGCAACUGGAAAGCGUGAGGAAACUAAGAAAUCUGAUCUGAAACAGCGCGACGUAGAAGCGAAUGAUGCAUACGAUUCAGGUCCCGGAGAGACAACUGAUGACGACGAGAAGACUACGAACACGAACAAUGAAGGUACCGCUACUUUAGCUGAAGAAGACGCAGUUGAAGAGGAGGACAAGGGUGGACUGUGCAGCGGUGGUUUCUUUGACAACAUCUGCGGCAAGAACGAACAGGGAACUGAGGCGCAACAGCCAAAAAAGAAUGACGACCAUUAG